UGAACCAAUAAAGAAAGUGUGAUCAUUCAUAUAUAAAUGUCCCUCCUGUUAUCGAUCCUAUCAUUUGGGAAACUAACAUCACUCAUAGUAGUGUGUGCUGUCUAGUAUAUUACCAUUUCCUAGUCCUUUUACCAUCUCCUACAGUACAUACAUGGUCGGUUGAUUGUCGUUUGUUUUGCACCAACGUUGGACUGACAAAGCAUCAGAAACCACACUAACUCCAACCCACCAUGACUGUGGCCAUGUCUCCUCUUUUGAGCACUCUGCAACUCAAUGCCAGUUUCUCUUCCUUUUUGGGCUCCAAUCAAAGGAAAUUCUCACAUGGGUCUUUGCAUCUGCACAAGACAUGGAAACAUAGUAUGUUUGUCAAUGCAAAACCAGUAGUAAAAGAUGGGGUUUUGAGCAUCAAUGGCACUGAAACACUGACAAGCGUGCCAGAGAACGUCGUCAUUACACCAUGGACUAAUUCAUCAGCUUUUAUAGGUGCCACCUCCACUGCAAGCAGCUCUCGACAUGUAUUUAAGCUUGGUGUCAUUCAGGAUGCCAGAUUGUUGUGUUUGUUUCGGUUUAAAAUUUGGUGGGUGAUACCUCGAAUGGGAAAUUCAGGAAGAGAUAUUCCCAUUGAAACUCAGAUGUUGCUGGUGGAAGCAAGGGAAGAAUCGGAUUCUGAUGUGCCUAAUGGAUCUACCUCUUAUAUCCUAUUCUUGCCCGUGCUAGAUGGCAAAUUUAGAAGCAGCUUGCAGGGAAAUUCAGCUGAUGAACUCGAAUUUUGUGUUGAAAGUGGUGACCCUGCUGUAGUUGCAUCAGAGUCUCUAAAUGCAGUUUUUAUGAGUUAUGGAAACAAUCCAUUUGAUCUGAUCAAGGAAUCUAUGAAGAUUUUGGAGAAGUAUAGUGGUACCUUUUCCCUUCGGCAAAACAAACAGACGCCGGGAAUGCUAGAUUGCUUUGGUUGGUGUACUUGGGAUGCCUUCUACAUGGAUGUUAAUCCUCAAGGAAUUAGAGAUGGCCUAAAAAGUUUAUCUGAAGGAGGCACUCCAGCAAAAUUUUUGUUAAUUGAUGAUGGGUGGCAAGAUAUAACUAAUGAGUUCCAGAAAGAAGGGGAACCUUUUGUGGAAGGGUCACAGUUUGGUGCCAGAUUAGUCAGCAUACAUGAAAACAAUAAGUUCCAGAGAAAAGCAAAUGAGGACUUAAGCGAAGCACCUGCUUGUCUUAAGGAUUUCGUUUCAGAAAUAAAGAGGAUUUUCGGCCUUAAGUAUGUCUAUGUAUGGCAUGCACUGAUGGGAUACUGGGGUGGACUUCGUCCAGAUGCUCCGGGAACUAAAAAGUAUAAUCCGAAAUUACAAUUCCCGGUACAAUCACCAGGGAACCUUUCAAAUAUGAGGGAUGGAUCUAUGGAUGCUAUGGAGAUGUAUGGUGUCGGUACAAUUGAUCCAGCAAAAAUAUCAGAAUUUUAUGAUGAUCUGCACAGUUAUCUUGUGUCACAGGGAGUGGAUGGUGUUAAGGUUGAUGUACAGAACAUACUUGAAACUGUGGCAACUGGUUCCGGAGGCCGAGUCUCACUUACUAGACAUUUCCAACAAGCACUUGAAAAGUCCAUAGCCACCAACUUCCAGGACAAUAGCAUAAUCUGUUGCAUGGGUCAGAGCACAGACACAAUUUACAACACAAAAAGAAGUGCUAUUACGCGUGUAUCUGAUGAUUACUAUCCCAAAAACCCAACCACACAGACAUUGCACAUAGCUGCCGUGGCCUAUAACAGCAUAUUCUUUGGAGAAGUUGUCGUUCCUGAUUGGGACAUGUUCUACAGCCUCCAUGAGGCAGCUGAGUUUCAUGCAGUUGCUCGUGCAGUGGGAGGUUGUGGAGUCUAUGUUAGUGAUAAACCAGGCCAGCAUGACUUCAAGAUACUAAGAAGGCUUGUUCUUCCCGAUGGGUCAGUGCUGAGAGCUAAAUACCCUGGAAGGCCAUCGCGAGAUUGUUUAUUCAAAGAUCCAGUUAUGGAUGGAAAGAGCCUUCUGAAGGUUUGGAAUCUGAACAAAUGUACCGGAGUUAUUGGCGUGUUCAAUUGUCAAGGAGCUGGAAGCUGGCCUUGUCUGGACAAGGCUGUUCAGAGCAGUGUCAGUUCUGAGCUAUCUGGACUGGUCUCUCCCGCUGAUAUUGAGUAUCUUGAAGAAGCUUCAGGGCAAUCAUGGAUGGGAGAUUGUGCUGUCUUUUCCUUCAAUUCAGGCUCCCUGACUCGACUGGGAAAGCAAGAAUCAAUGGAGGUCACCUUAAAAACCUUGCACUGCGAUGUCUUAACUGUAUCGCCUAUAAAGGUCUACAAUCCAAAUAUUCAGUUUGCACCUAUUGGAUUAAUAAAUAUGUACAAUUCCGGAGGGGCUGUUGAGUCGAUUGAAGUUUCUAAAGAUUCUUCCACCUGCAGAAUUAGUGUCAAGGGGAGAGGGGCUGGUUGUUUUGGAGCAUUUUCCGAUCCAAAGCCGAAGUUUUGCUCUUUAAACUUCAAAGAAGAAGGAUUCAAUUACAAAAGUGAAUAUCAUCUUUUGACUCUGACAAUUCCAACUGACACAAGUUCUUGGGAAAUCACUGUUGGUUACUGAGGCUUUGUGUGUUUUAUGCAAAGCCUCACAGCCUCUAUUCCACUAGUUUUUAGAUAGAAUUUUAUCCAGUACUUGAGGAGGGAAUAAACAUUAUAAAGCAAGUGAUUAGGGAAAUGAUUAAAAUAAUAAAUGAUGAAUCAUUGAUUUGUCAUCUUUGAGGUGCUGCAAAAUAGCUUUGUGCAAGACCAAUGCAAAUAGAUAGAUUAGGCAAGAAAUAUUACAUACAUUAGAGUAAAUUUGUUGUCAAUUGUCAUGAACUUUGAUAUAUAAAAUUUAGGACCUUUUUAUGUGUA